AUGUACAAUACUAAUAACAACACUCCAUAUAAUUCAAAUCAAUGUAAUAUUCAAGAUGUUACCUCUAGUCCACCUCCAUUUACAGUUUCAACGUGGCAAGUAGAUGAAACAUGCUCAACUUCUAGGAUUCCAGGAAAGAUUAGAAGUAGAUGUGAUCCUAAAUGUUUCUUUCAUUGGAAGAAUCAAAAGAUGACUAUGGAUGAUAAUUUACUCUUUCCUCUUUCUCAUAAUAGUAGUCCAUUAUUUCAUGUUGAAUGUAAAAAGAUUUCAAAGAAACCACAUCAUCAUCAUCAUCAACAUUCAAACAAAUCAAUUUCCUCUUGUAAAAUAACGUUUGAUGAUUCACUUUCAUAUCCUCCUCACAAAUCAAAUGUAAAUAAUCAAUCAAUGUUUGAAUUUGUUCCAUUCAAGUUAGAGAGCUUACCUAAAGAUUAUUCUCUUUCGUAUAUGACAAAUGUAACAAAGAAGAAACCAAAUUUCAAUACUUCCAAUUCAAAUAAUCAUCAAACUUCUCUUUCUGAUUUGAGAAAUAGAUUGAAUGAAGAAAAUUUAAAGAAACCAAACGAAACCUUGCCAACUCUUCAACCUAUUUCAAUACAAUCAGAAUCUUCUCCUAAAGAAUUGAGUCCAAAAGGAACGAGAACGAGAAUAUUCUCAAUAAAAGAACUUUUGAAUUAA